UGUUCAACAACGCAAACAAUUAUCUUUCGAUAAUACAAAAAAUAUCACCCACGGGUCGCAGGGGCCCGUAGAAAACUAUACAACAAUGUCAGUCACCGCUACUACAACAGCAGGAGCGGCGCGUCAAUCCACCUACGAAUACUUCGCACCACAGCAAUCCGACAACUAGUUCUACGAGUAGUUUUCAUGAUCUCCAGAGUCCUCUUCACUGGGAUCAGAAUUCUACUCAAUUAUUCCAUGAUUAUGAUUUCGGUUUCGAUGUAAAUGCACAUUGUCCUGUUUCUUCGGCACCAGAUUCAUUGUUUUCUUUUGAUGCAUUUGCACUUCCAGUUUCACAAACACCUUUCCAGAAUUCCCCUGAUUGGUGGUUGCCAGAAACCGAUUCUUGCGAAUUUCUUACAUGGGAUGAUCCGUCAAUGAGAGAGGAUAUCUCACUUGAGUCUUCUUUCCCCAUCGCUGCUGGUACUUCUCUUGGUAAUGACAAUUUCUUGGGUCAAUCGGAUGUUGGAUCCAUUGACAAUUUGUCUCAAUCCCAUUCAUUUCUCGAUAAUCAAACUCAUGGAGGUAAGUCUUUAAUUCACAUCCCAUAUGAUUCAUUUUCAUAUACUAACAUGUUCCCCUCCAGCAAUAUCCACUGAUCAAUCUUCCCCUCCUUCUCCCAAUCCUAAAUCAACAACUUCACAAACCCACUCAUCUCCACCCUCACCUCCCUCUCCCAGAACACAAACUCCAAAAGGAUCUUCAACCACCAUGUCACGAGUCGAAAAACGUAAAUUAAAUACGAUGGCCGCUCGUCGAUAUCGACAAAAACGCGUUGAUCAAAUGAGUAGCCUCGAAGCCGCUCUCAAGGAAGUCGAACGUGAACGAGAUGCUUUGAAAGUACGUGUUGCGAAAUUGGAGGGUGAGACGGAGAUCUUGAAAUCAUUGUUGAGUAAGAAGGAUUAAGAUAUGAUGGAUGGAUUUGUUUCAUUAGUGUUGAAUUCGGUGGUUUGGUUAUCGAUCCUUGAAUUUAAUUGUCAUUUACCAUUU